CUGUUGGUGGUCUAGCAAUUGCAAGCUGAUUAUGAAGUUGCUUAGUAUCUUUGCUCUCUUUGUGGCUUUGAUAUGUGCUGUUCAGGGCCAAUAUCGUGGAACUGUUCGACUUGUUAGAAAUGGAGUUUUCUCAUCAUCCUAUACAGCUGGAAUAGUUGAGAUCUAUUACGGUUCAAGUUUCUCCAGUAACAGAUGGGGCAACAUUUGCGAUGAUAUUUCAUUUGGUAGCACUGAAGCUAGUGUCAUUUGUAACCAGUUGGGGUAUAAUGGAGCAUCAAGUUAUGGUAGAGCUGGUAGCACAUCAAGCUAUGGGACUGAUACUGCUGCUACAAUUGUUGAUGAUGUGAACUGUUUUAGUAGUAGCUAUUUGACACUUGAGCAGUGCAACCUUUCAACAGUUAUUAAAUCCUAUUGUGUCAGUAACAGUUAUGAUGCAUAUGUAUCAUGCUAUACUACUAGAAUCUGGAAUAAUCCUUAUUCUGGACAGAUUCGUCUACAAGGAGGUGCUUAUUCAAGUUAUGGUAGACUGGAAGUAUAUUGUAAUGGACAGUGGGGUACAGUAUGUGAUGAUAGCUUUGAUGCAACUGAUGCUAGAGUUGCCUGCCGUCAGUUAGGAUACAGUGAUUACUAUUCAUAUCAUUCUGGAAGCUCAUUUGCUGGGUCUAGCUCUCAACCUAUUUGGUUGGACAAUGUCAUUUGUAGUAGCAGUUCAACUUGUCUUGCCUAUUGUGAAUCUUGUCCAGCUACACAAUAUCAUAGCUGUAGACACAGUCAAGAUGUGGCUUUAGGAUGUGGCAAGUUAUAGUC